UUUUAGGACUGGGCUGUCCCUGCUUUAAUCCACAAGUAUUAGACCUCUAAAUGUAAGAGCUGGGGGCGCUGUAGUGCGCCAGUGAAGAGAGUGAAGAGCAAGGCGCAGCGGCAGCUCUCAGCCAGACAGCCCCGGGCUGGGUGAGGAGCAGUAGGGUCGGUGGCUCUAAACGUUGGACUGCUGCGCACAUCUGGACCACGCUGCCAUGCUGCUGCUGCUGGAAGGACACUCGGCUCUUUAUGUCGCUCUUUUAUUUUACUUUUCUUUUCAUGCGCCAACCUUGGUGACCACCUUCAACCUUGACACCAGUCAUGUCAUCAGAAAAGCUGGAGAGCCAGGGAGCCUGUUCGGGUUUUCUCUGGCCAUGCACCGGCAACUCAACCCGGAUAAAAGAAUGCUGUUGAUUGGUGCCCCCAGAGCCAGAGCUUUAGGAAAACAGAUGGCCAACAUCACGGGAGGACUGUAUAAAUGUGAACUGUCUCAGUCCAGUGAUUGUGAGCGCAUUGAAUUUGACAGUGAAGAGGACGUACGUGUUGAGAACAAGGAGAAUCAGUGGAUGGGAGUGACGGUUCAAAGCCAGGGGCCCGGGGGAAAGGUUGUGACGUGUGCUCAUCGCUAUCAGAGGCGCUUGUUUGUGAACACCCCCCAGGAGUCUCGUGACAUCACCGGGCGCUGCUAUGUCCUGAGUCAGGACCUGACCAUAGACUUGUCCUCUGAUGAGGAUGGAGGUAACUGGAACUUCUGUGAGGGCAGGACCAGAGGCCAUGAGAUGUUUGGAUCCUGCCAGCAGGGUGUGGCUGUCACCUUCACCAAGGACUACCAUUAUGUGGUGUUUGGAGCACCGGGAGCUUACAACUGGAGAGGCGUUGUGCGCGUGGAGCAAAAGAAUAACACUUUGUUGGAGAUGGGAGUGUAUGAUGACGGCCCGUAUGAAGUUGGAGAUGAGCACCUCUUGAACCCCGAGCUUGUGCCUGUGCCUGCCAACAGCUAUCUCGGAUUCUCCCUUGACUCGGGGUACAGCGUCACCAGGAGUCGUGGUCUGACGGUGGUGGCUGGAGCACCCAGGGCCAAUCACAGUGGGGCUGUGGUCCUGUUGAAGAAAGACAACGAAGCCAGACUCUCAGUGGAGCACACUCUACAUGGGCCAGGUCUGGCAUCCUCCUUUGGAUAUGAUGUGGCUGUGGCUGACCUGAACGGAGAUGGUUGGCAGGACAUAGUUGUAGGAGCCCCUCAGUUCUACAUGAAGGACCGAGACAUUGGAGGAGCCGUUUACAUCUACAUCAGCAAAGCAGGAAGGUGGGAAAAGAUCAUUCCCGUUCGUCUCGAUGGGACCAAAGACUCGAUGUUUGGACUGGCAGUGGAGAACAUUGGAGACAUCAAUCUAGAUCUAUAUGAAGACAUUGCCGUCGGAGCUCCUUAUGAUGACAGCGGGGUAGGAAAAGUCUACAUUUAUCAUGGGUCUUCACAAGGAAUCAACACCAGUCCUGCACAGGUCCUUUCAGGAAAAGAGCACAACCUCCAGUUAUUUGGAUAUUCCCUGGCAGGAAAAAUGGACUUGGACAGUAACUCUUACCCAGACCUGGCUGUGGGCUCUUUGUCAGACACAGCUCUAAUUUACAGGGCACGACCAGUCAUUAGCAUCAGGAGAGAUGUCAAAAUAGCUCCACAAGAAAUUGACCUUACAGUCAAAACCUGUGGUAACAGCAUCUGCUUCACUGUGGAUACAUGUUUCACCUACAAAGCAAACCCUGCAUCUUACAGCCCAAGACUUACUAUCAGCUAUUCUGUCGAGGCAGAUGGAGAUCGCAGGAAACAAGGGCUGUCCUCAAGAAUGAUGUUCCUGGACCAAUCCCACACUGACACAGAGUACCAUUUUAAUGGCACCGUAGACCUCCGUGAUCAAAACCAGGAAACAUGCAUCAAGAUCAAAGCCAAACUUAAGGACAAUAUUAAGGAUAAGAUGCACAGCAUUCCCAUUGAAGUGUCUACAGGCAUUUUGGGUAUAAAGCGACAGAAGACAAGGAAUGGCCUUCCUCAGCUUCUGCCUAUUCUGGACCCCUCUCAACCGAGCAAAGAUGUCACUGAGGUCAACUUUGUCAAAGAGGGAUGUGGAAGUGAUCAUAUUUGCCGGAGUAAACUGAAGAUGUACUACCAGUUAUACUACAAACAAAACAACCUAGACAUGUACUCCCCCUUACCCAUCAAGAACAAUAUCCCAGUGUUUCACCUGAAUUAUGAGAGGAAGGACCUGGCUCUGCGGGUCACAGUGAACAACCUGAAUGGAGAUGAUGCUUAUGAGGCAAAGCUGCUGGGCAGUUUCUCAGAUACACUGUCGUAUUCUGGAGUUCGCACACAUCAGACAACGAUGGAAAAGCCGAUCAUCUGCACUGCCAGUCAGAACAGCUCCCAAGCAGACUGUGAGCUGGGAAAUCCUUUUAAGAGAGACUCAGAGACUACAUUUUAUAUCAUCCUGAGCACUUUGGGUAUGAGUCUGGACACCACAGAGAUUGACAUUGACCUGCAGCUCCAGACGACCAGCGUGCAAGAGAAUAUCGCCCCAGUGAAAGUAAAGGCUCAUGUAAUCAUUGAAUUGCCAUUGUCAGUCAGUGGGGAAGCCAGUCCCAAUCAGGUUUCCUUUGGAGGUGUUGUGAAAGGAGAAAGUGCCAUGAAGACAGAAGAAGAGAUCGGAAGUUUGAUUAACUAUACAUUCAGAAUAAACAGCUUGUGGAAGUCUUUGGAUUCUUCUGUCAAAGCCUCACUUCACAUUCAGUGGCCCAAACUGAGCAAAAAUGGGAAAUGGCUUCUGUACCUGUUUAAGAUCACUGCUAUAGGACCAGAGGACAUCCACUGCUCUCCCGAGUCUGAGAUCAACUCUCUCAGGCACAUUCAGGAGGCCUCUGUGUCCCGGACAAAACGGGAAAUUGAGAGUAAAACCGGUGGCAGAGCAUCUUUGUCAGACAAAAAUAAAGUUUUGACGUGUGAGAAGGAGCUCACAUGUGUGAAGCUCAGUUGCCCCCUUCAGGGCCUGGAUGGUACAACAAUCAGGCUGAGAUCACGCCUGUGGAACUCGACCUUUAUUGAGGAUUAUGCUGCUCUUUCAACCUUGCAUAUAGUUGUGAGGGCCUCCCUCGUGCUUCAUACUCAGGCUAAAAACAUGAUCUUGAGAACUCCUGACACUGAUGUGACAGUGGCAGUGACCCCAGAAGGUGCAGCAGUACAGUAUGGGGGAGUUCCCUGGUGGAUCAUACUGGUAGCUGUUCUUGCAGGAAUCCUCAUUUUGGCUUUGCUGGUGUUUCUGCUCUGGAAGUGUGGAUUCUUCAAACGAUCCAAACAGGAUGAGAGCGUCCCUCGAUACCACGCGGUGCGGAUAAGAAAGGAAGCUCCUGAGUACAAAGAUGGAAAAGUCAAGCUGGACCCUUUUGACCAAAAGCAGUGGAUGACAACUUGGACUGACAACGAGAGUUACUCGUGAUUCAUUUUUCUGGUCAGUUGAGUUUUGCAGAUGGUGAUGAAUAUUUUUUAUUAAAUACCAUCAAGCCACAAACACAGUGUACUUUGCUGGUUGUGAACAUGAUAAUCAUUUCUUUGAAUUUUGUAUUUCUAUUCUAUGUCUGAAUUUUUACUUUGUAUAGAUGAUGACAUUUUUUGUAAGUUUUGUACAAAUUAAACAUCCACGGUAAUUUAUUUUUUGAUAAGAAAAAUGUUCAUGCAGCCAAAGAGUUUCUGUCUUGUGUCUGUGUUGGAGCAGGACAAAGUUUACUACUGUUUUUGUGAAGUUGUCUUACUGGAAACCUGAAGUCUGUGCAAGGAAGGCACAUGUGUAAUGGGACUGUAAAUCAGUAGGCUACACAUCCCGAUGUUGGUUUGUGUGUCUAGUUUCAGUACUUACCAAGAUGCUUCUACCUUCCUUGGAAUGACAUUUAGGUACGUUAUCAUGACAGUAUUUAAAGGUGUGCAAAUGAACACAACUGACUCUAAGUGUAGGUCUGUUUCGUGAGUGUGUUCACAAUAAUUAUUCACCUUUUCUCACGACUGUGGCAUUCGGGUAGCAUCCACUGUACUGUAGGUCGUCACUGAAGCAAAGAGGAUUACAAAGGGAAG